GGCGCCGCUCGCGGGCAUUGCCGGCCCCGCCGCCGCCAGCGCCGCAUCCGCCUGUUGUCGCCUCCGUCAUUUCCGCGCUUGUUGUUUUUUUACCCCUUUUAAUAUUAUUAUUUUUCCUCCGUUCUUUCGGUUUUAACUCGAUCCCUUUCGGUUAUUUCCGUUUAUCUUUUUACCUCGCCAUGCCCGCCGACACGGGCAUGGAAAAACCUACCGCUUCGCCUAUCGCUGGUGCACCGGCCAGUUCGAGUCAUACGCCGGAUAAACCUCGGAGCGCCAGCGAACAUCGGAAGGUAAAUGGCAGCGGAUGGCGGAGAGCCCGCGGCCGGGCCGAGUCAUCCAAACCUAUCAUGGAGAAGAGAAGGAGGGCGAGGAUCAAUGAGAGCCUGGGGCAGCUGAAGAUGCUCAUCUUGGAUGCGUUGAAAAAAGACAGCUCCCGGCAUUCGAAGCUGGAGAAGGCAGAUAUAUUGGAGAUGACAGUGAAGCACCUGAGGAACCUCCAGCGGGCACAGAUGGCUGCAGCUCUCAGUGCUGACCCAAGCGUGCUGGGCAAAUACCGUGCUGGUUUCAAUGAGUGCAUGAAUGAGGUGACGAGGUUCCUGUCUACCUGCGAGGGGGUGAAUGCUGACGUCCGUGCCCGCCUGUUGGGUCACCUCUCUGCUUGCCUGGGGCAGAUUGUGGCCAUGAACUACCUGCCCCCCCCUCCUGCUGGUCAACCUGCACAUCUGGCUCAACCUCUGCACGUCCAACUGCCUCCCACCACCACUGGAGCUGUGCCGGUGCCAUGCAAGAUAGAACCAACCGAAGCUCUAUCCCCUAAAGUCUAUGGGGGUUUCCAGCUUGUCCCAGCCACCGAUGGUCAAUUCGCCUUCCUCAUCCCCAACCCAUCGUUCCCACCUGGCUCUGGACCGGUUAUCCCACUCUAUGCCAACGCCAACGUCCCAGUAUCCACAAGUGGAAGCUCUGGGAAUGCAUCUACCACCCCAUCAGCAUCCCCCGUACAGGGCUUGACAUCAUUCAGUCACAGCGUGGUGCCCGCAUCCCAAGCAGGCAGCCCUAUUGCUGAGCGCAGGGAGUCCGUCUGGAGGCCGUGGUGACCAUCCCAGACCCCCCCCCUCCCUCCCCCAUAUAAGAACUCUACCUUGGCUCCGUUGUAUGGAGUCCUAUUGUGGUGGUUGUAUUUUUCCUAAGCAGAUUUCAACAUGGGGGGGGGGGUGGGAAGGGGGGGGAAAAGGAGCAAAUGGACCUUGCUAGGAACGUGCUAUUUAUUAUUCUCAAAGGUUGGGAUCUCGAUUUGUAUUUUUACUCCUUUUUGAAAUGCCUUUAUUUGAGAUGCUUUUUUUUUUGGUUGUUGUUGUUUUAUAUUGUUAAUAAGGAGAAAUAAAUGAGGAAUAGUUUUGUAUCAGAUGAACUCGAACGCCAAAGUUGUUUGUAUCCUGUAUGUGUGUUGUGUGUGUGCCUGUGUUGGAGAGGGGUAAAAAAAAAGACCAGAGCUAAUAACGCAGGUGGUGAUGAAAUAAACUCCUUUGAAAUAGAA